GGGGUGGGGCGGGGGCGUGGCGAGGCAGGUCACGGAAAGUGAAAGAAGGGCAGAAAGAGCGUCCCGUCAGUGCGGGGAGAGAAGCUGUGCUCCGGCAGGGCAGCCUCCGGCGGGACGCACACCCCUCGAUGAGUGAAGCGGUGCCCUGACGCCGGGACCCACCGGACACCGCCCCUCGACGGACGGAAAUUCCCCCUUCCCCGGCCGGACGGCGAGGGCGGGGCGACCCGCCCCCUCCUCCGCCAUUUCCCGUUCGGCGCCCCCACCCGCCACCUCUCCGUCGGCCUUGCCGGGGAGCCAUGGGGAGCCGGCGCCGAGCGGAGCUGAAUGGAUGGCGUCUGCUGCGAGGGAUUGCUGAGGCUCUGAAGAGGAAGACUAUCAAAAGCUAAUCAGAGUUUUGACAGAAAUGCUUUUCCUCUGGAAUUUCACUGGCAUUGGUAGACCUGCAGAGGACAUCCGGAUUUAGACAGCUGUGCGAAGUUGGAGAUAAACCUGUUUCGUCACAUUUUUCUUACAUAUUCUAAGGUGCUAAACACAUAACUUGGCUUUGAAUAUGCAUCAUGUGAGAUACGUGUAUUGUUCAGUACACAGAGCAAUACGUGGGUCACUUCAGAUUCGAAGAGCGGGAUAGUUGUUAUUCAUGACAGCACAUACAGCAAGCAUCGAAGGUGCAGAAGCAAAAUGCUUAUUUUGCAAUCAGUAGGUUAUACUUCUUAAUAACUAUGGAAACACUGAUGGAUGGACCAAUGCAUUUUUAUCGAAUUGUGUAUGUCAGCAUUCUGUCUACGGCUUGUUGGAGCUUGCCUGAAAGUGGUCCACCUCGCAACCCACAAAUGGAAUCUCGCAAUUUUCAGCACAUUUUGUCCUGGCAGGCAAAUAGUGAUCCAACUGUGCCAACGUACUAUCGUGUGCUGUAUACUGACAACGGGAUCUGGAAGACUGCUAAACAAUGUUCAAAUAUUACACAGCUCUCCUGUAAUCUGACAGAAGAUUUUGAAGACAUUCACACUGAGUAUUCUGCAUUUGUUCAGAGCUUCAUAGGAACUGAAGUAUUCAGUUCUUCUGUACUUGGUUUUAGGCCUUAUACCGACACACACCUGGGACCACCAGAAGUCAAUAUCAGUUCCUGUCUAAACUGUAUAAAUGUCACCAUAAAGCUUCCAACCCCUGAAAAUGGAAAGCUGUUGUCUUUAAUUCCUAUAUAUAAUGCGCUUUAUUAUAAUAUAACACUGAAAAGUCUUGAUGGAGAGCAUAAGAGGCCACUUGAGAUUACCACUAAAGAAAUUUUUAAUACUGUCAUUGGAGAAUUGUAUCCAAGUAGAAAUUACUGUGUGUCUGUUACGGUCACUGCAUCUUUAAACAAGCAUUUCAUCACAUCAGACUGGAAAUGUGUAACUGCAGGCUCUGUAGCUCAACAAGGUUAUGGUAUACUUACAAUUGCAGGUGCUGUAUGUUUUUCACUGAUGGUAGCUGCUGCCCUGAAGUAUAUGCAUGCAGGAGGUUAUAUUCUUCUAAAAACAUCACUUCCACGUAAUUUGGUAUUCAUCAGGAUGUUAGCCUAUUCACCUUGGACACCCAAAUCUGAAGAAACAGCCUCUGUAGAGAUCAUUUACAGAGAGGUUAAAAAAAAGGCAACUGAAUCCAGUGGUGGUGGUGUUAGUGAUGAAGAUGACAGUGACAACAAUGACAGCGAUGCCAUAAGUAAUCAUGACUAUACAAGGCGCGAUAUCUUAAGUAGAGUACCUCAUUCCUCUGAUGUGCCAAAUGGGUUCAUGCAGUCCUCCACAAACAGUACAUCUGAUGACAGCAGCAGCCAGGCAAGUGAAAAGCCAGACACUGAGCCAGAAGAUCUUGAAGAACAUGAGACGGAUGUUGAAGAAGACAAAGACGCAAGUAGGGAGUUACUUAAUCCUCUCUCUGAGGUAAAUUGUGGCUAUUCUUCCAGGCAAAGGAACAGCGCUUGCUUUAGCAUUAACUUAAAAACUGUGCUGUUGGGAGCCUCUGAAGAGAAUGGGGAUAGUUCUGCAGCUCUUCUUGCUGCCCAAGAAGAUGCAGCUGACUGGCAAUGUACUCGAGCUUUGGAAGCAAAACUCUUGGAUGAUACAGAAAGUGUGCAGAAACUAUGUUGUCACAACAGCUCUCAUGAAUGGCAAAAUUCCUCUCAUUCUUCUGAUGAAAGUGACUCAUCAGAUUCAGACAUGGGCCAAAAAACUGAAUAUUUAAGAAGAUGAAUAAGUGAGAACCACUUUUUUAUAACCUACGAAUUUGUAUUGCCCAACUUUUUUUCUGGAUUCCACAUACGGAUCUUGUCUUUUUCUUUUUUAACAUUCUGUGAGUAUAUAUAUGAACACUGAAAAUAUGCAACAUUCAUUCUUAACAAAUAUUUCUGAGAUCAUUCCAGGUACGGUUCAGGUUGGAUUAUCCACAGAGAAACAGAAAUGACUGUUCAGAUGCAGCAGUAAGAGUAGUUAUUUCAUUUUGCAGUUUCAUAUAAUUAAUACCUUCCAGCUGUUCCGAAGUAAAUAUUUUUUGUAAUUCAAGUGAGAAGUUAGUUUGUAGUACAGGGAGUUGUGAGUCUGUCAAGCAGACCAUUUUUUAAAUUUGGAAGCAUGCUUCUUUAUUAUUCUUUAGCUCUGUUGAUGGCUUACUCUGAAACCUGUUUUGCUGGAUGAUUGCUCUACUCAUCUGAGAACUGAUUUCUACAUUUGUGCAGAGAAAGCUGAUCAAGUGAAGUAAUGGGGCAAAGAUGAGAAUACUCAACUUGUGAAGGAGUUCUCCUUACUGUGAAAGCAUUAAAUAUACCUUUUAAUAUUGUAUAUAUAAUUUUGUACCAUUACUGAAUACUACACUUAAAAAAUAUUUUUGACAUUUAAA